UGUGAUGAGGGAUACAUGUUCAAUUCUUCUGAUCCAGAUCCACAAAAUUGCGUUCCAGUGAGGCCCCCAGUUGUGUGUGGUAAUAAUACCAGAUGCUGUGAGGUAGUGGAUAACAGUACAGUGUCAAACUGUCAGAAUACUACCAAUGAAGAAGGUCAAAGUUUACCUUGUCCAGAACCUCGGGUCUGUGUGUGCGAUGAGGGAUACAUGUUCAACUCUUCUGAUCCAGAUCCACAAAAUUGCGUUCCAGUGAGGCCCCCAGUUGUGUGUGGUAAUAAUACCAGAUGUUGUGAUGUAGUGGAUAACAGUACAGUGUCAAACUGUCAGAAUACUACCAAUGAAGAAGGUCAAAGUUUACCUUGUCCAGAACCUCUGGUCUGUGUGUGUGAUGAGGGAUUCAUUUUCAACUCUUCUGAUCCAGAUCCACAAAAUUGCGUACCAGUGAGGCCACCAGUUGUGUGUGGUAAUAAUACCAGAUGCUGUGAGGUAGUGGAUAACAGUACAGUGUCAAACUGUCAGAAUACUACCAAUGAAGAAGGUCAAAGUUUACCUUGUCCAGAACCUCUGGUCUGUGUGUGUGAUGAGGGAUACAUGUUCAACUCUUCUGUUCCAGAUCCACAAAAUUGCGUUCCAGUGAGGCCCCCAGUUGUGUGUGGUAAUAAUACCAGAUGCUGUGAGAUAGUGGAUAACAGUACAGUGUCAAACUGUCAGAAUACUACCAAUGAAGAAGGUCAAAGUUUACCUUGUCCAGAACCUCGGGUCUGUGUGUGUAAAGAGGGAUACAUGUUCAACUCUUCUGAUCCAGAUCCACAAAAUUGCGUUCCAGUGAGGCCCCCAGUUGUGUGUGGUAAUAAUACCAGAUGCUGUGAGAUAAUGGAUAACAAUACAGUGUCAAACUGUAAGAAUACUAACAAUGAAGAAGGUCAAAGUUUACCUUGUCCAGAACCUCUGGUCUGUGUGUGUGAAGAGGGAUACAUGUUCAACCCUUCUGAUCCAGAUCCACAAAAUUGCGUGCCAGUUGUGUGUGGUAGUAAUACCAGAUGUUGUGAGGUAGUGGAUAAAAUAUUGUCGAACUGCCAGAAUACUAUCAAUGAAGAAGGUCAAAGUUUACCUUGUCCAGAACCUCGGGUCUGUGUGUGUAAAGAGGGAUACGUGUUCAACCCUUCUGAUCCAGAUCCACAAAAUUGCAUUCUAGAUAUACCGACAUGUCCUAUAAUUCCAAGAUAUUGUCCGGACGUUCGACAAGUCAGGUGUGACGGUACAACCUACUCCUUCAGCAGCCGCUUUCGAUUUGUUGAUUUCGACCUGGUACCGUUACAAUACAGCAUCAGUUACUCGGGGUGUAACAACAUCAGUAUAUCCACAUGCAAUGCCGCCACCUUCGACACGAUGGUGGUUCUUUUUGCCUGUGAUGCGACGUUAUUUAUUGAACGCGGUGGACUUCAGAUAUGCGGCAUCCGCGGAUAUCACUUUAUGCACUGGAAUGACGACAGUCCCGUUUGUGGCGGCUUUACCUCUCUGCUCCAGAUCCCGCAAGGAGACCUACCCAUUGGGACGUAUGCAAUAGGUGUGUGCGGGGCGUACACUUCCUAUGGCUUCUUUAGGAUAUCUAUCUCUUGUUAAAGAUAUGUGCAAUACCAAAAACUGAGCUAGAGGGAUGAUCUGCCCAAGCCAAGCUGAGUUUCUAAAGACUACAAUUUUCUUCUAUAAUUUAAAUUUAUUGACGAAGCCCAAUGAUGGAAUACAGAAAAUUGAAAUGAAGAUUAUCCAUGUAUCUCGAAAGGCCGCCACGAAUGAAAUAUCAACAUGAAAAAUAAAUAUUUCAUUGUCCGUAA